ACAAUGACUCACGGUAUACCGACAGUCAUCACCAAUGGUUGACAUGAAUCAAGACAACCUUCCGGUCAAAAUUAAGAAGUCAUUGUCGGAGAUGCUAGACGAAUUGGUCGCAAUGGCUCGACCAUUACCACAGGACUUUAGAAUGGCGACUUACUGUCGGUACGUCAACCUGAUAAUGGAGGAGUUGGGACAAGAACGGUGUAUAUUGGUAGGAAGUACAAAAGAAGGAACGCGACUCCGCACAAAACAAAAUGAAGGUGAUUAUGACAUCUUGGUAAUAGGGGAUAUCACAGUGCCGGUGGAGAAUCUAAAGCAUCGCGAGGAUCUUCCAUGUUUUGUACAUAUAAACGGGACAUUCAUGAAAGAAGUGGAAAGAAAAGACCUCAUUGAUGGAGAGUAUCUUCCGGCAACACUACUGAAAAAGCUUUCUCCUUCACUCUUUGGUCACGUGAAAGGUUUGUUGGAGCUUUUCCUUAGACCCCAGUCAUUUAAAGCAAAUGGAAUAUCACGGGUUACGAUGGACACAGAUAUCAAGCCUGGGUUUAAUACGGUCGACUUUGAAGACUGGAGCUGUGAUUUACUUUUACCAAAAACCAAUCCAGGAUAUCGACAUGACAAAGCAUUGCGAAAGACAUAUGCUGAACGAGUAAACCACUCAGAGUUUUUCCAUGACAAGUCCAAUGGCGCUGUCCAUGCUAUGGAAAUUAUAGCAAAAUUACUUCUGCUUUUCAAAACAAAGGAAAAUUCAGACUCAUAUUUAUAUCAAACCUUCAGACCAUAUCUUAAUGUUCUUGCCGCAGAAGAAGAAAACCAUGUGAGUACCGCUGCUGAAACUAUUGGUGACGUCAGGGAGAACUUACAAGAGGAUCACAAAGGGACAGAGCCUCCAGAAAUAAACUGCACCUCGUCACUUGUCAAACAAACCAGAUCCAAGAUCAAGUCUGUUCGAGCGACAUACAAUAAGAAAUCCAUGAAGGAUUUUAUUCCCGCUCUUCGUUUGUCUGGGCCGCCUAAAUUCAUCCACGAAUGGAUUCUGCGAACUCGAUACUGGCCUAGGAAACCAAUGGUGGAUGCCAUCUCAAGAAGCCAGUAUUUCGUUGUAGCCAAACCAGCUGUAAAAGAUGAGAAGCCCGAAAUAGAUUUCUGCCUCUCCUGCAAUCUAGCUGAAAUCACGCUGGCAAGGCAAAUGCCUUCUGGACACAAAAAAUGUUUGUUAAUGAUCAAGGCCUUUCAGAGAACCAUACUAAAGGAAUACUCAGAUGACGUGACGACCUUUCACUGGAAAACAGCUAUAUAUUGGAUGCUAGAGUCAACUGACCCAGUCACCUACUCAGAGAAUAGCAAGGACGUGCUAAAUGUGUUGAGGGACCUCCUGGACUACAUGAGGGAUCGGUUACAUGAGGGUAGACUUCAACAUUACUUCUUUCCUAGCAACCUCUUUGCAGGUUUAGAGAGGAGUGUUCGCGUUGGUAUCGUCGAGAAAAUAGAGGCGAUCUACAUGAAUCCAGUUCAGAAUCUACAAACAUUCUUUUACAAAGUUCAUGAAGACCAAGUGAAUGUAAUUGACCUUCCUUUUGACAAAAUUAUGGAAAUGAAAAAGAAAACAGGGCAAGAGAGGGAUAGAUUUCUCUUUGACAAAGCGCUCGACAUAUUUGAAGAAAUCGGUAGAGCCCAUUCUUUAGAUAAGCAAGCAUCAGCAACAGUCAUUCCUGAUAUAGUAUUUAAGGUUGCAAAUAUUUUACUAACAGACGAGCAGGCAAAAAUCGGUCAAACGAUCGAUACAGUAGACGUGAGAGAACUCAAAAGUAAAUUGAUGGCUGGAUUAGCGGAUGUUCUACAAAACACAGAGAUGGACAAAGCGACCAGAUCACGUGCAGAAGAAAAACUGGUCAAAAACCUCAAAACGCUUUUGUCGUUAGACUAUUAAAUACCGAAUUGUUCUAAACGGAUCUGUGAUAGACAUAUAACUUAGUAAAAUGAGAGCUGUUGUGAAUAUAACAUAUGUAAAUAUCAAAAUGUUGAAUAGAUAAAUAGAUAUGUUUACAUAUCAG